AUGGCCUUUUACAAGAAGUACUUCCCUGAGUCUACAAGGGAAGCAAAGGAGAUGGAGCUAAUACAGCUGAAGCAAGGUUCCAUGUCUGUGGCAGAGUACACCAACAAGUUUGAAGAGCUUUGUAGGUUUUAUCGGAUCCGUGUCUUCUCUGACUUGGUGAACAAAGCAAGGGUGGUGGAAGAAUAUGCAAAAACAGUGGCUGCAUCCAAGGACACUCAUAGAGGAGGCAGUAGCAAAGAGCGUGGCAACUUGCCUGGUCAUAUCGCGAGGGAUUACACUCAUGGGAAGAACCCGAAUGCGGGUCAGAGUCAACACCAGGGGCGAGUCUUUGCUGUGAAUGCCAAGGAUACUUCCAAGGCAGAUCCGUUGAUGAAAGGUAAUUGUUUAUUUGGUGACAAGACUUUAAUUGCAUUAUAUGAUACUGGAGCUUCGCAUUCGUUUAUCUCAAUUGCUAAAGUUGAGGAAUUAGGCUUGAAAGUGUUAGAGUUACCUUUUGAUCUGCAUGUACAUACCCCGCAUCAGACAGUUAUGACUAGAUCAGGUUGUAGACAAGUAGGUUUCAAGCUUGAGGGUAGAGAUUUUGUACAUGAUUUGAUCUGUUUACCUAUGGUUGGAUUGGAGAUGAUUUUGGGGUUUGAUUGGUUGUCGAAAAAUCGGAUUUUGUUGGAUUGUUUUGAACGGACAAUUUGA